AACACUGACCUAACCUAAAAAUUUUAAUAUUAAAUAAUAAUAAAUUAUCAGAUUAUUACGCUGAAUUAAAAUCUAUUAAAUUUAAUUAGGCUGUACCAAAGAAGAAACGAAAAAUGGCUAGCAGUAGGCUUGAAAGGAUUGGCACUAUAUAUACAAGGGUUGAAGGGCUUCUGACACGGGGUGCAAUGAAACCGGACGACAGACCACUUUGGUUCGAUGUAUACAAAGCAUUUCCGCCUAUAACCGAACCUAAAUUUGCCAGGCCUAAACCGGAAAUUAAACCAAUACGACCGAUUUUAUACAAGGAAGACGCAGUAAGAGUAAAAUUUCAUUCUAAUGGUCACGGUUUAGGCGCAGUAAAUAUGAUGAAUCCUACUAGUGAAACACAUACGAAAAAACUUUUACAAGAAUACGAAAUACUGAAAAACGAAGGAGUCCCUGAACAUGAACUUAUUGAAAAAUCUGCAGCGAUUGUACAAAACGAGAGAAACAUUGAGCGGCAAGAAGUGGCUAAAGUUAAAAUUACUAGCAAAAAUAAAGAAGUAUCGACACCUCAAACACUUGCAGAAGCAGAUUUAAAAAAUAUUUUCAAGGAUAAUUAGGAAUUACUUAAUAUUUUUUUUUUUAAUUAGAUAGGUACCUAGAUAAUAUAGAGUAUUUAUUAUU